CCCGGAAACGGAAGCGUUUGUCCUUUUCGGGCGGUGGAUUUGAGGGAUUGCUUUGUAAUUUACAGCACCUUUAAGGAGGUGCAGCCGGACUGGCCAUGCCGUCCGAGGGUCGCUGCUGGGAGACCCUGCAGGCGCUUCGCAAUUCCAGCAAGGGUCAGCUCUGCUACUACCGGGACUGGUUGCAGCGGGGCGAGGAUGUGCUCGAAGACCUGUCUCCGCCCAGGCUGUCUUCCUACUCUGGUUGGGUAGUGGAUCAUGUCCUACCCUACACGCAGGAGUCUGUUGCUCUCUCUGAGACAUCUUCAUCCUCGGUACCAACUUCUGCCUUAGACCAGUCCUCGCUUGUUCCUAGAUCUCCUGUCCAAAGCCCUGCCUUCUCUCCAGCCUCCCCUACAGUCCCAGAUGGAGCCAAGGGCAAGCAGGAGUCCCGGCAUGCAGACUCCAAGGCACGGCAGUCCUCUCGUGGGGUCAGCGUGGAAGGCUGCAUCUGGAUGUACGAACUGGUGCACAGAAUGCGGGGGAAAGAGGGCUUGCGGCAGUGGCAGGAAGAGCAGGAGCAGAAGGUGCAUGCCCUGUCGGAGAUGGCAUCGGAACAGCUGAAGCGCUUCGAUGAGCUGAAGAUGCUGAAGCAGCACAAGGAGUUCCAGGAGCUGCAGGAGGUGAUGGAGAGGAGCACCAGAGAAGUCCUGGGCCACCAGGAGAAGCUCAAGGCGGAGCAUCACCACCGAGCCAAAAUUCUCAACCUGAAGCUGCGCGAGGCGGAGCAGCAGCGGCUGCGCAAGGAGGAGCAGGAGCGGCUGCGCAAGGAGGAGGGCCAGGGCCGCCUGCGGACGCUCUACGCCCUGCAGGAGGAGGUGUUGCAGCUCAACCAGCAGCUAGAAGCCUCUGCCUCCAGUGCCUCCGACCUGCACAGGGACCCGCUGCAGCUCGACCUGGCGGCCUUCCGCAUGCGUGGCAACCAGCUAUGCAGCCUCAUCUCCAGCAUCAUCCGUGCCACCCUGGAGAGCGGCUACCCCACGGUGGAGAACCAGGCUGAGGCCAAGCGGGCACUGCAGGAGAUGCGAGACCUGUGCACCAGCCUGGGCCAGGAGAUCAGCAGAGCCUGCAGGGAGAAGAGGCAGGAGGAGGAGGCAGACCGGGCUAAGUUGCAGGACUCACAGAUGCAACAGGGGCUGGGGGCCACCCCUCGGACCCCAGGCCCCAGCCAGAGCCCAAGCAGGACACAGAGUGAAGGCCUGCAGAUGAAGGUGCAGGAGAGUACGAUGCAGUGGUACCAGCAGCUGCAGGAUGCUGCUGCCCAGUGCAUGUCAGCCUUUGAGGGCCUGACCAGCAGCAAGGACACACAGACCAAGAAGGUCAAGAUGGACCUGCAGAAGGCCGCCACCAUCCCCGUGAGCCAGAUCUCCACCAUCGCAGGCUCGAAGCUGAAGGAGAUCUUUGACAAGAUCCACAGCCUGCUGUCUGGAAAGCCCAUCCAGUCAGGUGGGCACUGCGUGUCCAUCACACAGAACCCGCAGGGGCUGGACUUCGUGCAGUACAAGCUGGCCGAGAAAUUUGUGAAACAAGGCGAGGAGGAGGUGGCCUCCCACCACGAAGCAGCUUUCCCCAUUGCGGUUGUGGCCUCCGGCAUCUGGGAGCUACACCCCAGAGUUGGGGAUCUCAUCCUUGCCCACCUGCACAAAAAGUGUCCUUACUCUGUUCCUUUCUACCCAGCGCUCAGGGAGGGCAUGGCUUUGGAAGACUACCAGCGAAUGCUUGGCUACCAAGUAAAGGAAUCAAAGGUGGAGCAGCAGGACAACUUUCUGAAACGCAUGUCUGGGAUGAUCCGCCUCUAUGCUGCCAUCAUCCAGCUCCGCUGGCCAUAUGGGAACCAGCAAGCAACCCACCCUCAUGGCCUGAGUCACGGCUGGCGCUGGUUGGCACAGGUUGUGAAUAUGGAGCCUCUGUCUGAUGUGACGGCCACUAUCCUUUUUGACUUCUUAGAGGUGUGUGGCCAUGCCCUCGUGAAGCAGUACCAGGUCCAGUUCUGGAAGAUGGUGCUUCUCAUCAAAGAGGAAUACUUGCUCAGAAUCGAAGCCGUCACGAGCUCAGGACAGAUGGGCUCCUUCAUACGCCUCAAGCAGUUCCUGGAGAAAUGUUUGCAACACAAGGAGAUUCCUGUCCCCAAGGGCUUUCUGACCUCUUCCUUCUGGCGCUCCUGAUGUGCUUUCGUCACCUGUCAUCACCACUGUGUUGCAGAGAAGCAAUAAUAAAGAGACCGAAGGCAGCUGUAUUUGGGAGAUACCAGAUUUAGAAAUUUGUCAGUGUGCGUUUUACGUAUUUGUCCCAUGUGGCUAGUGAGAUUUUCACAGGUGCAGUCCCUUAGCAGAUGGGGUAGCUCCCUAAGGCAAGUGUCCACGUGGUAGAGAGAAUGAAAUUACCUUUCUUAAUCUACAACAGUCAUGAGCAGGAACCUGCACCACUUGGUCUCUUCCUUGCUUCUCUUGCCUCUGGGAUCUGGGGAGCUGGUGGUGUCUAAUCAUUUCACUCUGAGCUGGCCUGAGCCACCUCUGGCUGGCCCCCACACCACCUUGUUCCCAUGGAAGCCCCUGUAAAGGUUUGACAUGCAAGCCUGGGUGGUGGGAAGUUAGCCUCCUCAUAUGAGGAAGGGGUUGGAGACACAGAGCAGAUGUGUGCUAUGGGCAGGGCCUGAGUCCCAGAGUGCACUGGGGGAGCUGGGUGUCCCAGAUGAGGACCAGAAGCGGGUCACAUUGGACAGCACAGGACUUUCUUUCCCCUUAAUUUGGAAUCUGCUUCCUGCAAUGCUGGGGGUGCACACAACAGAGUAGGUACCUUUGUUGAGAUGUUUUUAGUUUGUACUGUGAUAUAAUGUAGCCCAGCACAGCAGAGCACACCUGUGAUCCUAGCACUCAGAAAGCUGAUGCAGGAGGAUCACCACAAGUUUAAGACUGAUCUGGGCUUACAGAGUGAGUCUAACUCCAAAAGCAGGAAAAGAUGGGCUGAGAUGGAGCUUGCACCACGCAUGAGCAGAGUGUGCUAAUAGGCACGGUGAUCAGUUUGAAUGAAGGUUUUUAGGAGGAAUGAACAAUGGUUUGCCUGCCUAAAGCCACUGCAGGCGUCCUGAGCGUGGCUGUGGAUGUCAGAGUCAGGUUCACUGUGUGGAAAGCCAGCAACAGGCUCUUCUUCCAAUGCUAAACACGUUGCAUCGUGGUGUCACAGGCUCUCUGGGGUGGCCCAGUGGGACCUGUUCUGUAAACUGUCAGCUGUGGUGCCAAAAUAAAAAUAAAGCUCAAUUUUAAACAAAAGCAAA